AUGCAAGCGGAGGUAAACGAGUCUCAUAAUCACGGUGCCUUCCACGAGGAGGUGGACAAAUUCUUUGAUAAAUUCCGUGAGAAGGUAUUGAAGGAACGACCUAACGACAUAUGUGAGUAUGUCAUGACAAACGCCAAGAAGGUUGCUGUGGAGGUACGUGGGGAUUCCUGUGUUCGCAUUCCCGAUGAUGUUUCACCAGAACUAAAGAAUCAUGCACUUACAAUUGUUGUUCUCGGUGCGAGUGGAGAUUUGGCCAAGAAAAAGACAUUUCCAGCCCUUUUUCAGUUGUACUGUGGCGGUAUGCUGCCCCCUGGGGUAAACAUUGUUGGUUAUGCCCGCUCCAAGAUUGAUGACGUUGAGGCGUGGAAGAAGACGCUGGCGAAAUUCUUCACAAGACUGAAUGAGCGUGGCUGCCAUGUCGAUGCCUUUCUGCGGCAUAUCACCUAUAUCAGGGGUUCGUACGACCAGGCGGAAGAUUUCAUGCGCUUGAACGACUACAUUAGUAGUAUGGAACAUUCUUUCAAAGGACCUCAAAAGGGCGGUAACCGUCUGUUUUACCUUGCGCUACCUCCGACAGCCUUUGUUACCGCGUGCACGGGCCUCCGAAAUUGUGUAAUGCAGACACCAGAGCUUGGUUGGGUUCGUGUCAUCAUUGAGAAGCCGUUUGGUCACGACACAGAGACCUCUGCACAGCUCUCACGGGAACUGGAGCCUCUUUUUAACGAGAAUCAGUUAUUUCGCAUCGACCACUACCUUGGGAAAGAGAUGGUGCAGAACAUUGUCGUUACACGAUUUGCCAACCGUAUAUUCAGCGCACUGUGGAACAGCAGCAACAUUGCGUGUGUGCGGAUCACCUUCAAGGAGACGAUAGGAACGGAGGGACGUGGUGGAUACUUUGACAACGUCGGAAUCAUCCGCGAUGUGGUGCAGAACCACCUCACACAGAUUCUCUCACUCUUAGCUAUGGAAAAGCCCCGCUCUUUGAACGCUGAAGAUAUUCGGGACGAGAAGGUUCUGGCGCUUAGAUACGUAGAGCCUGUGUCUCCAGCUGACUGUGUGCUUGGUCAGUAUACAGCAUCCAAGGAUGGUUCAAUGCCAGGUUACCUUGACGACCCAACUGUACCAAAAGACAGCCACUGCCCCACAUUUGCUGUGCUGCGCCUGCAUAUUAACAAUGAUCGCUGGCAUGGUGUGCCAUUCAUAAUCAAGGCCGGAAAGGCUCUUGAUCGCCGUUUCCUUGGAAUCCGAAUCCAAUUCAAGGACGAGAUACAACCCUUUGGUGAUGCCACACAGCGUAAUGAACUUGUCAUUCGUGCACAACCCUCUGAGGCCAUGUACAUAAGACUUACUGCAAAGAAACCGGGGCUUCUGCGCGAUACCCACCAGACCGAGCUCGAUCUCACGUACGAGCAGCGUUACAGUGUGACUCUCCCCGAUGCGUACGAAAGUCUUAUUAAUGAAGCAUUGCUGGGGAACUCCACUAACUUUGUCCGCAAGGAUGAACUGGAUGCUGCGUGGAGAAUCUAUACACCUCUUCUUCACGCCAUUGACCGUGGGGAAUUGAAGAUAUUACCAUAUGAGGCAGGAUCACGGGGGCCGGUGGAGGCUGAUACAUUUAUAUUGAACUCUGGCUUUAAGUCGACAGAUUGUUUGGAGUCUUUCGAGAGUAGUUGGCCAUGGCAUAAGGAUCUUGAUCUUUAA